UUGCGGAUACUAACGGCUACCAAUUGGAUUAAAUAGAAAACGAAGCAUGUAGCAGAGGUGGGGAAAGAGAUGAAUUCAUGCUUACCACGUAUUAUUCUUUCCACCGUUUCCCCAUAUUCCCUCGCCUUCAAACGCCAAAAAUUAUCUCUCUCUACAAAACUCAGUCGACCCAUAUCGUUUACUUCCAUAUCAACGACACCCACUUCCCAAAAACCUCAAAUUCCUCUCUUUCUCAGGCCUCCAACCUUCUCUGUCUCUGUGUCUGACCUCCAAAAAUGGCAGCAAUGGGCUAAAAACCUUGCCUUCUCAGUUGGGUCCAAGUUCGUUGACUCUGAUAAUGGAGCUGAUACCAAUAUAUUGUGUAGAGAAGUCAAAUGGCUAUUAGAAGAUGCAGUUGAGGAUAAAUCCAUUUUGUCCCAACUGGUUUCUGCUGAAAAUGGUAAAUUGGUGAGAUUAAGGGCAGAUUUGGACGAGCUUUACUGUCUCUGGAAACAGAGGAUCGAAGAAAGAAGGCCAUUUCAGUAUAUAGUGGGAUGUGAACACUGGAGGGACUUGGUGUUGAGUGUUCAGGAAGGGGUUUUGAUCCCCAGACCGGAGACUGAGCUGAUUGUGGAUUUGGUGACCGAGUGGGUUUUGGAAGAGGGAGGGUUAAGAGAGGGGAUAUGGGCGGAUUUGGGGACCGGGAGUGGUGCAAUUGCCAUUGGACUCGCUAGGAUAUUGGGAGAUGGAGGAAGGGUUAUUGCUACAGAUUUGAGCCCUAUUGCAGUUUCAGUUGCGGCGUUUAAUGUCAAGAGGUAUGAUUUGCAGGAUAAAGUUGAAAUAAGACAUGGAUCAUGGUUUGAACCCUUGGAGGAUGUUAAAGGUGAGCUUGCGGGAGUUGUGAGUAACCCACCAUACAUACCAAGUUCCCAGAUCAUUGGGCUGCAAGCUGAAGUUGGUAGACAUGAACCAAGACUUGCAUUAGAUGGGGGUGAGAAUGGCAUGGAUGAUCUCCUUCUCCUUUGUGAAGCAUCUGCUUUGAUGUUGAAGCCAGGGGGCUUCUUUGCUUUUGAGACUAAUGGUGAAAAGCAGAGCAAAUUUCUUUUGGAUUUCCUGACAAACAAAUCGGUUACCAAUGUACAAAAUGUAAAAGUAAUAUCUGACUUUUCCGGUAUCAAACGAUUUGUGACUGGAUUCCGUCAAUGACUAUCAAAAUACUGUUAUUAUCAUUAUUAUUAUUUGUAG